AUGAUGACUACCGAAGCCGCCACUGGAGAUGACUCAACGCCGCUGCUGGGUGACGUCGUGACCGGUGCCGUCGCCUUCGAUGGAGGCCCCGCUCACCGAUCGAAAUCCGGCUCUUGGAAAUCUGCUUCCUUCAUCAUUGGUGUCGAAGUAGCAGAGAGAUUUGCGUAUUAUGGAAUAAGUUCGAAUCUGAUCACUUACCUGACGGGCCCGUUGGGAGAAUCCACGGCCGCCGCCGCGGCAGCUGUCAACGCCUGGAACGGGGCGGCGAUGCUGCUGCCGCUGCUGGGGGCUUUCGUCGCCGAUUCCUUUCUCGGCCGAUAUCGUACCAUUAUCAUUGCCUCUCUGCUCUACAUCUUGGGUCUUGGGCUCUUGUCUUUAUCUGCUGCACUUCAUUCAUCCAACUCCUCUCCUCCUCUCUUUGAAGUUGCAUUCUUCUUCUUCUCUAUAUAUUUAGUAGCCUUUGCGCAGGGCGGCCAUAAGCCAUGCGUGCAAGCCUUAGGAGCCGAUCAAUUCGAUGAGGAAGACGAAACAGAGCUCGUAGCAAAGAGCUCAUUCUUCAAUUGGUGGUAUUUUUCAAUGAAUGCAGGCAUUUGUGUAGCUCAAUUGGUUUUGAGCUACAUUCAAGAAAAUCUAAGCUGGGAACUAGGUUUUGGAAUCCCAUGCAUCAUGAUGUGCUUUGCACUAGUUGUUUACCUACUUGGAUCCACGACUUAUAGGUUCCGAGUAAGAAGCAGUCAGAAGAACCCGUUUGUCAGAAUUAGUUCGGCCCUUGCAGCAGCAGCAGCAAGGGCCGAACCAGAAGAUCCAGAACAAUCCUCUGGAAUCGAAGAAGCCAAGGAACUUGUUCGUAUCGCCCCAAUUUGGGCCUCAUGUUUGGGAUAUGCAGUUAUGUUUGCACAGGCAACCACUUUGUUCACGAAGCAGGGGGCCACGAUGGACCGAUCAUUAGCCUUUGGCCUUCAAAUACCGUCGGCUUCUUUGCAGUGCCUCACUGGACUAUCCAUCGUGGCCUUCAUCCCCGUAUACGACCGUAUCUUGGUCCCAACAGCAAGAGCUAUGACCAAGAGAUCCAUGGGCAUUACAACGCUCGAAAGAAUUGGCGCCGGGAUAUCUCUAUCGAUUGUUUUCAUGGUGGUUGCCGCCAUUGUGGAGAGGCAACGCAUCUCCGUCGCUAUUAAGCACGGGCUGCUGGACCGGCCUGAGGCGACGGUCCCGAUGAGUGUGUGGUGGUUGGCACCGCAAUAUGUGCUUCUUGGGAUUGCGGAUGUAUUCACAAUGGUUGGUCUUCAAGAGUUCAUGUAUGAUCAAGUUCCUAAUGACCUUAAAAGCCUAGGCUCGGCUUUGUACCUUAGUAUAUUUGGUGUGGGCAGUUUCAUCAGCGGAUUUUUGAUAUCAAUAAUUGACUCCAUCACGAGCCGAGCUGAUGGCAUCGGUUGGUUUUCCGACAACUUGAACCGAGCACAUCUUGACUAUUUCUAUUGGUUGUUAGUGGGGAUUACUGCAGCUACAUUGCUGCCCUAUUUUUACUUUGCAAACUCCUAUGUUUACAAGAUUUAGCGUCUCCAGACACUCAAGAACAAGUGUUUUAUUUGUUCCAAAAAAAACUAGUACUACUUAUUUCAAAAUAAAUUCAAUAUUAAUUAUUGUCUUA